CUUCUACUUGUUAUGUACACAUUUUAAUCCUCGUACAAAUAAAAUUAAUGAAAAACCGACCCAAAUAAUAACUCUCAAUUGUUGUUGUCGGGAUCUGGCUGAAGCUGCUCAUGGCGUAAUUCCUUAAACCCUACUUGUUUUUGUACAUUUGCCGUCCGGGGAGGACCAAAUUUCUCCGAUCUUCUUCCAAUGGCGGUCAAUUCCCGGUUAACUUGUUCUCCCAUAGCCACCACCCCAGGCCUCGUUUACGACCAGCGCCGCCACCGUAACCCUCGUCGUUGCAGCUUCCCCGCCACCACCACCUCUCUUUGUUCCCGUGUAUUCCCCCCCGUCACCGUCAAGGCUUUUGCCCAUAACCCGGAAAGAAAUAGCAGCAGGUCCGAGAAACCCAAACCCUGGCUACCCCGGAUUCCGUUACCCCCCACCUUUAAAGGUAAUCUCUUAGCGGCGACACUGAUCGGCGCCGGUGCCAACCUCUUGUAUCUCCUUCUGGAAGCCGGCGGCGGCGGCGGACGUAACAACGCUGGGAAAAUCGUUAGAGGAGGAGGCGGCGGCGGAGAAGCAGGACAAAGUUCGAGUUUCUUGUCACGGUUGUUCUCCGUGCAGGGGUUGGAUAAAGAGGAUGGAUUGGAAUCGGAAUCAGAGUUCUACAGGGUUGGAUCGCCGGUGUAUAUGCUGGGAGUAUUAAAAAAAUACACAAUUUCCGAUGUUCUCUUCUUCGAUCGGAGGUUGAACGCAUUCACCGAUCCUACAGAGGAUCCCCUGUUCAAAUUAGUUAACAUAAACCCUGGUCAGGUUUGCACCAGAUCCCAGCUCCAGAAAGAGCUUGAUAAGCUUACAGGAAGUGGAUUAUUCGAGGAAGUCGAUAUUGAUUGUAAAAGAAAUCGUGAUGGGACGCUUCGAUUAAGAAUAUCAUUCUUAGAGCGGACAUGGCAGCAGCUUCCGGAGAGUUUUCGGUGCAUAAAUAUUGGAAUGCUCCCAAAUUGGAACCCCCGAAUUGGAAGUUCAGGUGCCAAGGAGGAAAAAGGCAAGAAGGAUAUAGUACAAUUUAUCAAGGAGGGGAUUGAAGCUGAAUAUAGUAAAAGGAUUGAGAAGAGUGACGAAAGGCCUUGCUUACUGCCAAUAGCUCUGGAGGAAGAGAUUUCUGAAAGAUUGAGGAAGAGGAAGGGCUCGGGCGAAAUGAGUUCCAGGGUCUUGGUUAAGAUAAAGGAGAAGGUGCAGCAAUGGUAUGACGAUCACGGAUUUGCUUGUGCGCAAGUUAUUGGUUUUGGGAAAUUGAACACGGAAGAAUUGGUCUGUGAAGUGGCCGAAGGCGACAUUACCCGAAUACAGGUUGUGGAUGUAUCGAGGAAUGACUCUGAUGAUCAUCAGAUUGCUUCUGUUGUUGAGAGUGUAUUGCCCUAUGGAUUACGCAGAGGGGAAGUGUUUAAUAUCGAAGAUGCAGAAGCUGCAAAGAUCAAUAUUGAUGCCUUAGGUUUGUUUUCUAAUACUGAAAUUGAUUUAGGCCUGGAUGAAGAGAAUGGGGGAGGGGUUUUAGUUAAAUUUAAGGUAGAGAAGAAAACGAGAGAUGAUUCUAGUGUAGUAGAUGUAAGCAGUAAGAAUAGCAGUUGAUUUUUUUACACAUUGGUAUUGUUGUUCAUGUCACAGUCUUUGAAUCUAUGAUUAUUGAGUUUUACCCAUUCUUUGCUAGUUGAUGAAGAUCAUAUGACCAAAUCCUUCAAUCUGUUUGUUCUUUCAAACUUCUGCUCUGUUUGAACUCCUAAGCAGGGGAUGACAACUCGAUUCUGAAUUCUUCACAGGCACAAGAACAAGCUUCAUUUUUGCUCCUUUAUCUUGGAAACGUUUUCAUUUUUCCUAGCCUUGUCAUUUGCAUCUAAUCAAUUUGAGGAACUGGCGAAAAUUGUAGUUACGUUGUUCAUGACAGUCUCAGGACAUGGCAUGAUUUCUCUAAACAUAAAGGGGGCCGUCUUUGAAUAGAACAUUUGGUCCAAAGUUUUGAGCUCAACCAAGAAGGCUUUUUAUGAGCUUCCGAC